AUGGGAACGGGUGCGCUUGUUCACGUUUUGGGGUUUAGCACCGCUGGUAAUGCGGGCGGUGCGAGAAAGCUUCCAAUACGAUGGCGACGUCGCUCCGGUUGUGGGUGCUGUGCACCGAACCAGUGGUCUUAUUCGCGCAGCGCAACGACGACUGUGGCCUUCGCCUGGGACUGGCUGCUGGCGCCGCGGUCCGUUGUCGAGAACAAAGGCGUACUCGCCGCUUUAGCACAAUCAAAUGAGCAAGCUAUCGUUCGUAUGGUUCGGGAACCGGCUCGUCAACUUUGGGUAGAAGACGGCAUUUCGCUUCCCGCUCCUUUCCCCGAAACGAAUAUGCCAACGUUGCCAUUUUCUGAGGGACUGACCGCGGCGCCCAACUUGCGCCCCCACUGGGAGGGAAUCCGUUCUUCUGAAACCGAAGACCGAACCUUAAUUCUUUUUGAGAACCUCUCUGACUCCGGUGUUGUCGUCGAAGUGAACUGGAUUGAUUUCAAUGGUCAAGAGAUACCGUUUGGGUGGCUGGAACCCGGCAAGAGCCGCUUCCAGCCCACGUACGUGGGUCACCCGUGGAUCAUUCGGGAUAGCAACACCGGCGAGGUCAUGCUGCUUUUUGUCACGCAGAAUGCAUUCGGGACGGCCGUCGUGCAUUCGGGACACCAGGUUGAGUACUCUUAUCCACUGUAA